AUGGCGCCGGGCAGGGCUGUGCUGGUGCUUCUGGUGGUGCUGGUGCUGCUGGUGGUGCUGGUGCUGAGCCCCCCGCGGGUGUGCGGGGCUGCGCUGGAGCCGGGGCCGGGGCAGCCCCGGAGCGGGCAGUGGCUCUGGGGGGCGGCCGGGCGGGCGCUGCCCCUCUCCCGCGGGAAGAGGGACGAUGGUGGGCAGGACCUCGGUGCCACCGCAGCCACACCAGGGCACAGUCACGCUGCCACCGCGCUGAUCAGCAGUGACCAGCCCGAGGGCGGCUCUGUGCCACCACCAGCACCCGGCACCAACGCCAGCCUGCUCUGGGUGCCAACCACAGCCGAUCCCGUGGAUGAGACUGAUUCCCCUGAUCCCGAACCGCUCCUGAGCUCUGCACCACCAGCAGCAGCGCCUGGCAGCAGCGUCAGCCCGCUCUGGGCACUCACAGUGUCAACCACAGCUGAUCCCGUGGAUGAGACCGACUCCCCCAAUCCCGACCAGCUGCUGAGCUCUGCACCACCGUCCCCCAGCACCAACGCCAGCCUGAACCAGGCACUCACAGUGCCAGCCACAGCCGCUCCCAUGGAUGAGACUGAUUCUCCUGAUCCCGACCAGCUGCUGGGGCCCGGCACAUCGGCUGCCCCCCAAAGGAGCAUCAGCACCACCCCCAGCUGGCUCACACCACCGGGCAAGGAGGGGACAGUGGCUGGUGGCACGGACAGCGCCUCCUCCACAGGGCCACCCUCAACAGCCCCCCCAGCCCUCGGCUCCACCACCACGGGGUACAGGAAAGUCAAGAAAGCCGGAGCUCCCCCUGCACCGACCCGUUCGGCCCCUGGGGACAUGACACCGACGGGCACCGCGGUGCCCUGGGACCCCAGCGGGGUGAUGGGCAAGUGCCUGCUGGCCAUCCUGCUGCUGGGGCUCGUGGCCGCCACCUUCCUGGUGAGCACGGGGGUGCUGGGGGCGCUGCUGUGGCGACGGGCGCGGACGGGGCACCGCCGGCUCAGCCGCACCGAGAUGGUUUGUAUCUCGUCCCUCUUGGCCGACGCCGAGGCGGCCGCGGGGCCCCGGCCUGUCCCCGCCCGACGGCACAAGCGGCUGCACGACGGCAGCGCCGAGCCCGACGGGGACAACCUGACUCUCAGCAGCUUCCUGCCGGAGCAGUCCUGA